AGAAAAAAAAAGCGUAAACAAACAAGAAGGAAGGAAUCCGAGGAACACCCUAAAAUAAAAGAAAGGUUAAAAACCCAAGAGAGACGAAGCAAAUCGAAAGAAAAAACGAGAGAGGUUUUCAGCUAAAUCAAAUUCCUAGCGAAGUUUCUCGUGAUAAGAAGAAAGAGAGUCGGUGGUGAUAUGAGUUCAAGUGAAGCUUUCCCCGUGAUGCAGGAAAUCAUGCUUGAGUUUCGUGCUGGUAAGAUGUCUUUGCAGGGAACAAGAGUUGUCCCUGAUGCACGAAAAGGACUUGUCCGCAUUGCUAGAGGUGAGGAGGGACUGGUUCAUUUCCAGUGGCUUGAUCGAACCCAGAAUGCAGUGGAAGAUGAUCAAAUCGUUUUCCCUGAUGAAGCUCUAUUUGAAAAGGUUAAUCAAUCAUCAGACAGGGUGUACAUUCUGAAGUUCAACAGUGAUGACCGCAAGCUAUUCUUAUGGAUACAGGAGCCGAGAGCUGAAGGUGAUGCAGAUAUAUGUUCUGCGGUCAAUCAGUACCUUAAUCAACCACUAGAGUUUGGUGAAGUUGCUGUGCCGGAGGAUGUGGAAGACAUGGCAGAAGACGAUGUUUCAUCCAGAGCUGGAAACUUGGUUGUACCAAAUGUGUCUACAGAGGUGAGUGAUGUGUCAUCUUCGUCUGGACCAGUUAAGCUGGCAGACUUGCAAAGAAUUCUGAACAACCUCUCUUCUGGUCCUGUAGGUAUCCCUGGAGAUGAAGAGGAAGGCCUAGUAUUAGGGGAUAUCCUGAAGCCUGAGUUGAUUAUGCCAUUGCUUGAGAUGUUACCGGUACAAGAACGAUUGUCUUCCCAUUUACCUGAGGGUCACUGUAGGGAUGAAGAUAUACUGGAGUUGUUACAGAGCCCUCCUUUUCGUCAGCAAGUAGAUGCAUUUACCUACGUACUUCGCACAGGACAGAUAGAUUUGACUCAGUUCGGUAUCGACCCAAGUAAAUAUAAGUUCACAGUUGUCUCAUUCCUUGAGGCACUUGAGGACUCGGUUGCAACGCAAUCAAACGACGCAAUGGAUGAGAGUUGAUCUUUUCAUAAUGAUUUUGUUUGAAGUUCGACCUUUCAACUAAGAAAAUCAUUUCCGUUGUUCGAUGAAUUUGGGUUUAUGAAUUUUGUUGAAGUUUAUGUGUUGGGAUUUUAUUUUGUCGAACACAGGUUUUCAAGCAUUGUUAUCAGCUUUUAGUUUAUUAUUCGAUAUAACAGAAAAAUAUAAAGCCAGGUCGGUUUUACCA